GUCGGCGCCGCCCGAAGCCGGGAGCGCGGCCGGAGCGAGGCGCGGGCUGUGUAGCCGCCUCGUGCCCGGCCCCUUUCGCCCGUGCCCGCCGCCCGCUCGUCAUGCCGGGCUUCGACUACAAGUUCCUGGAGAAGCCCAAGCGGCGGCUCCUGUGCCCGCUGUGCGGGAAGCCCAUGCGCGAGCCCGUGCAGGUUUCUACCUGCGGCCACCGUUUCUGCGACACCUGCCUGCAGGAGUUCCUCAGUGAAGGAGUCUUCAAAUGCCCUGAGGACCAACUUCCUCUGGACUAUGCCAAGAUUUACCCAGACCCCGAGCUGGAGGUGCAGGUGUUGGGCCUGCCUAUCCGCUGCAUCCACAGUGAGGAGGGCUGCCGCUGGAGCGGGCCACUUCGUCACCUACAGGGCCAUCUGAACACUUGCAGCUUCAAUGUCAUCCCCUGCCCCAAUCGCUGUCCCACCAAGCUGAGCCGCCGAGACCUCCCUGCACAUCUGCAGCAUGACUGCCCCAAGCGUCGCCUCAAGUGCGAGUUCUGUGGCUGUGACUUCAGUGGGGAGGCCUAUGAGAGCCACGAGGGUGUAUGCCCCCAAGAAAGCGUGUACUGUGAGAAUAAGUGUGGUGCCCGCAUGAUGCGGCGGCUGCUGGCACAGCAUGCCACCUCUGAGUGUCCCAAGCGUACACAGCCUUGCACCUACUGCACUAAGGAGUUUGUCUUUGAUACCAUUCAGAGCCAUCAGUACCAAUGUCCAAGGCUGCCUGUUCCUUGCCCCAACCAGUGUGGUGUGGGCACUGUGGCUCGGGAGGACCUCCCUGUCCACCUGAAAGACAGCUGUAGCACUGCCCUGGUGCUGUGCCCAUUCAAAGACUCCGGCUGCAAGCAUAGGUGCCCUAAGGUGGCAAUGGCUCGGCACGUGGAGGAAAGUGUGAAGCCACAUCUGGCCAUGAUGUGUGCGCUGGUGAGUCGGCAACGGCAGGAGCUCCAGGAGCUGCGGCGAGAGCUGGAGGAAUUAUCGGUGGGCAGUGAUGGUGUGCUCAUUUGGAAGAUUGGCAGCUAUGGGCGUCGGCUGCAGGAGGCCAAGGCCAAGCCCAACCUAGAGUGUUUCAGCCCAGCCUUCUACACACAUAGAUAUGGCUACAAGCUGCAGGUGUCCGCUUUCCUCAACGGUAAUGGCAGUGGUGAGGGCACGCACCUCUCACUCUAUAUUCGUGUGCUGCCUGGCGCCUUUGACAAUCUCCUUGAGUGGCCCUUUGCCCGCCGUGUCACCUUCUCUCUGUUGGAUCAGAGUGACCCUGGGCUGGCUAAACCACAGCAUGUCACUGAAACCUUCCACCCUGACCCAAACUGGAAGAAUUUUCAAAAGCCAGGCACUUGGCGGGGCUCUCUGGAUGAGAGUUCUCUGGGCUUUGGUUAUCCCAAGUUCAUCUCUCACCAGGAUAUCCGGAAGCGAAACUAUGUGCGGGAUGAUGCAGUCUUCAUCCGUGCCUCUGUUGAACUGCCCCGGAAGAUCCUCAGCUGAGGGCAGGGGACUCAAGGGCAAAGGGGGGUGGAACAUAACCUCAGUCGGGCACUGGCUAACUGUGGAGGGGGCUGGACCCCCUUUAGCUGCUCCUGCUGCCUAGGUUCUGUUACCCCGUUCUCCUCCUUAGCCUCCCCUUUCCCUACCACCCUCAGGUGCCUCCAAUUGGUGCUUCAGCCCUGGCCAUCGAGGGGAGCAGGUCUGGGGUCAAGGGCUGGAAACAAGUGAUCCCAGGGCCUGUUUCCUCUCCUGGGCCAGGCAGAUGUGCCUUGGUGCCGGCCACACUCUACUGGGGACCGAGGUACCUGCUGGUGCUGUGUCCCAAGAGCCAUAGAAUGGGGGAGGCUUGGGCAGGGAGGAGUAGUUAUGAAUCUGUCAUGAAAUCGGAUUUUUCUCCAGCUGUGCCCCUUUUGGUUAUUUAUUUGCAUAGUGCCAGGAGGGCACAGUAGGGGAGCCCUAAUUUUUAAUAAAUCUGGAAUUGUAUUUAUUAA